AUGGAGCCUAGGAUGGAAAAUAGGGUAGGUUUUCUCUCCCCACUGGAGGAGUCCAGUGCCGAGGUGAGUCGGGAUAGUGGCAUCGUGUCGCAGAGUGCGAGUAGUUUAUCCAUGUUGAGCGAGGUCCUAAGUAGUGGCACCGUGUCACAAAGCCCCAGCUUCGGCGCAGCAGUCUCGCAGAGUCCGAGCUUCAACGCCGAGGGGCCCAACACGGACCCAGACCACAACCAGGAGGAUGAGAUCCUGAGACUCACUGCUUUCAGUUACUCCUCCUACAUCAGAGCUACUGCUGGAGAUGAGGUUAGAAUUUAUCAACCUUUCCGAUAGAGGUCAAAUACAGCAUCCUGUCUAUGCUGAGAGGUGCAACGUGCUAGCUAUAACUGGAUACGCGUGGACCAAGUUAAAUGUCACUUGACUGUGGUUAUAUCCAUGUCCUUUCCAUACCCCACAGAUCCUGUGUUUGGAGAAAAGUCUGGAGGAAAUGCUGACUAGGGUGGAUGAAUUUGUAGGAAUGCUUGACAUGGUACGUGUUAAGAGAGGCAGUAUUUAUGUUAAAUGUAUUUGAAAUAUGCAUUUCAAUUACUUCUGUGCAUUUUGUAAUUUGUAUUACACUGGGCUGAACUACACGCCAAUGUAUUUUAAAAAAAAGAUACUUUCGAGAGCUGUAAUUUGUAUUUAAGAUACAAGAAUAGUUUUCUAGGUAUACCAUUUAUUUUUAUAGCGGUUCACAAUUUUGUGGCCCCCUCUCACCCUGCAUUGGUAUCAGAUGUCUGAUGGCACUAUGGUGUGAUAAGUGCAUCUGCUAAAUGAACGAAAUAUAAUGGUAUAUGUAAAAAUUGACAAUUGAAAAGCAUGCUGAGUAUUAUUCUAAUGAGCUCCACCUGACACAAGGCCAAUAAUAAUAUCCAGUGUGCUUUGAAGUUCAUUUUGGUAUGUUCAUUUUCAUAUAUACAUUUUGGUAAUUUAGCAGACACUCUUAUCCAGAGUGACUUACAGUCAGUGCAUUCAACUAAGGGAGAUAAAUAACAACAUAUCACAGUUAUAGCAAGUAAAGCGUUUCUGAAACCGUUACUGGGAAUGGUGUUGCUGUUUGGACCAGCUACUUGCAAAUUUAUUUCUGUAUUUUAAGAUGCAAAAUACAUGUAUUUUAAUUAAAUACAUUUCAAAUUACAAGUAUUUUGUAGUUUUUUUGAUACAUUGAUCUUUAUGGUAUUUUGUAAUUGUAUUUUGUAAUUUUUGCCCACUCCUGUAUGUGCUGUUCAUGUCCUCGUCUCUGAACGUGGGUGAGAAAUGAAUAACUUUUCUUCCUCUGGUUAUAGAUCCGCAACGACACAUCACAGAUUGUCAACGAGAACCUACCUCAAAUACAUAGAAAAUCAGAAGAGAUGAGACAAAUAUACAGAAAGAUUGACAAGUUGGAUGUAAGUGUGAUUUAAUUAAUGUAAUUGAUAAUGACCAGUAUGUUUUCAUUGACAUGACAUGAUCUGUUUACCAACUGGCACCCUGUUUACUAUAUUUGGGACACUGAUAUGGUAGUACUGUAUCUGACCCUGUUCCCUGGUGUUGUUUCCAGGCAUUUGUGAAGAUUGUAGGUGCCAACGUGAAUGUCAUGGAGGAGCAGGUCACUCAAGCAGAGAGGGAACAAGGAACCCUGCCGGGCGCCUUCAGAAAGAUGUUCCGCACCAUGAAUGUCCCGGGCUUUCUCAAUGUGAGGAUUUAAUCAACCAACCAACCAAUCAAUCCGCAUUUGAGUCAACAAUUAAGGCAUUUUCCAUUUGAAGUGUGAAUGCUGUAUUCCUAUACUUAAUCACUAUCUCCUCUGAACACAGGAGGCUGCUGAGGGAGGGUGGCUCAUAAUAAUGGCUGAAACUGAGUGAAUGGAAUGGCAUCAAACACAUGGAAACCAUGUAUUUGAUACCAUUCCACCUAUUCCGCUCCAGCCAUUACCACGAACCUGUCCUCCCAAAUUAAGGUGCCAUCAACCUCCUGUGCCCCUGAACCUCUCUAACACCCAGAAAACUCAGAUUCAAAAUCCCAUUUACCAGCUUUAUUAUGUCAAAAUACAUUUGUUGAUCACCAAAUAUGGCGCUUCGCUGAGCAACUACUGUAUCUUAAUUUACUCCCAUCUAAAGGUCUAAAUAAAAAUGUACAAGCAACUGAAAAAAUUCCAUAUUCGGCACCUCCAAUCACUCAUUACUGCCACGCAGUAAUGCCACGCAGUAAUGAGGAUUUUUUCCGAUUGCUUGUCCUUUUUUGUAGACCCUUUUUGGAUGUAAAUACCGGCCCUAACGGGAGUACAUGAAGAUAAUUGCUCAGCUAAACUCCAUAUUUGGUGAUCAACAAACGUGUUUUGACAUAAUGCUUGCAGAGCUGGUGAAUUGGAGUUUGAACCAGAGCUUUCUGGGCAUUAGAGAGGUCUCUAACACACAGAUACUGGUUCAUAUCUCCAUAUGAUCAUCUGCUAUUCAUGAUUUAGUUUAUGUUUUAACUUUUUGAAUUGCUUUUGUAAUGUUUUAUUUUUUAUUAAAUGGUAGGUCUCCUGGCCUAUACAUUGCUCUCAGUGGAUAUAAAUUAUGAACCAUAUUUUUUGUCUCUGCAGAAACCAGCCAGCCCCAGAAGGCAUCAGCAGCAGCAUCAGGAGCUUCCCCCAGUGUUCAAAACAGAUGAUUAUUUCACCCCACACCCAGGACACUGA